AACAUUAAUUCCACUGUAUGUGAGAGCCCACCUGUAGGCCACACUCUUGGGGAACACGUGGCUCAACUCGAUUGGGCCACCAGGUUGGUCCACCAUGAGCGUUUCAUUCCUGAUCCUCAUAAUGAUCUUCAACUGGGUGCAUAGGACGUUCCUUCAUAGUGCUCUGAAGGAUGGGUUUGAAUCAGACGUGAGAAAGGCUGAGCCUGAAGCAAUCAAACGGGAUGAUCAAGCUUCACUGAAAGAAGUUGCUCUCGUUAGUGGUUGGAAAGAUGGCAUUCUAACCAUUGGCACUCUAGGCUGUUAUGGUCCCUUCAAGACCUCCAGCCAACACAAAGAUUACUUGGCUCUGGAAAGUGAUGAAGAUGAAGCAGAGAAACAUGAGGAAGAGGAGAAUUAUUGCACAGAUGGUGGUGUUGAGGAAGAAAACAAGUAUUGGGAACCUGAGUACGAGGAAAUGAAACCACUUAUUCACACCAAGUUUGAGAAUAACUUUGAAGAUGUAGUGAAUGAAAAACCCAGUCGUGCCAAUGCUGCCAAAGUGGAAGCUCUUGUGGCUCUGACACCAGUUUUGGUUUCUGAUGAUGUCACAGAAUGUAUCCAUGUGGGGACUGAGCAGAAGGAGAAGAAAAGUGAAAGAAUCACCCUGGCUGACCUGUUCUUGGCUGAUUCUGAGAAAAUAAUGAAACAUGACGCUGCAAAAGUGUUGCUUGAUGACCAGCCUGGUGAUGAUAAACAAAGCCUGAAAGCCAAACGUGGACAGCCCACAUUCGCCAAGAAGCUCAUUUCUGGCGUCAAUAAGGACAAUCCACACCCAAUAAACAAUAUACGAAAACUGAUGAAGAAGAUGAUAAAGAAGAAAAUCCAUCCUGAGGUGGAUGUCAAGAAUAAAAAAUCAGAAGACCAGAAACCUAGUGCAAGUGAAAUCUGCGAGAAUCAAAAGAUUGAAGGCACCAGUGGUUAAUCUGUCCUCUGGAGUGUGCUGGUAAUCUGCAGUUGUACUUAUAUUUUAUUUUUCAUAAUGUAAGGACGUGUAUUGAUCAGGUUAAUUUUUGCUGGUGUAUUUUAUGAACAAAGCAUGUGAUUGUGUUGUCUGAUACCUCUCAA